GCCCGAAGAGGCCCAGCCCAGGCCCAGAGAGUAAGCUCCUGAUCUCUAGCUCAAGGCUCUGCUCUGCUCGGGAGGCGCCUGCUCGUCCAAAUGCCGCAUUGGCCGUGUCUCCACCCCACCCUCGCCGCCGCUCGCCGCGCCACACCCUCCGCCUUCUCCAGGACCAACCGCUUCUCCUCCUCCUCCUCUCACCCCACCUCCGUCUGCGCCUCGACGCCCAGCCACGGCCACCAGCAGGGGGAGCAUGAGCCGUCGUUGGUCGUGGUAGGGGGAGGCGCCGCCGGUGUUUACGCCUCCAUAAGGGCCAAGACACUGGCGCCCCACCUCAACGUCGUCGUCAUCGAGAAAGGGAGGUUCCUGUCCAAGGUCAAGAUUUCUGGCGGUGGUCGCUGCAACGUAACCAAUGGGCAUCAUCUUGACCCAACGGGACUGGCACCAAAUUAUCCUAGGGGAAACAAGGAGCUCCGAGGAUCGUUCUUUAGCACUCAUGGUCCGCAAGACACCAUGCGUUGGUUCACAGAUCAUGGUGUCGAGCUUAAGACAGAACACGAUGGUAGAGUCUUUCCUGUCACUGAUAAUUCAGCUUCAGUAGUAGACUGUCUAUUGAAUGAAGCUAGAAGACUUGGAGUUUCUCUGCAGGCCGGUAAAGCUGUGUGUAGUGCAUCUGUCACUGAACAUGGAAAGUUUGUUCUCAAGGUUGAGAAGCGUACUGUUGAUUUUGUUGAUUUUAUCAAUGCUAACUAUGUCUUAGUUGCUACAGGCAGCAGCCAACAGGGCUAUUCAAUUGCUGCACAACUUGGUCACUCCAUUAUUGCACCGGUGCCCAGCUUAUUCACAUUUAAAAUUGCAGAUAAGCGAUUGGCUAAUCUCUCUGGGGUUACAUUUCCAAGAAUCAAAGCAAAUCUGAAGCUAGAUGGCAUUCAAAAAAGUCUUCCCGAACUAACUCAGACUGGGCCUAUGUUAGUUACACACUGGGGGCUUAGUGGGCCUGUUGUUCUUCGAUUGUCUGCAUGGGGAGCACGUGAACUACAUCGGUGCAAUUACCAAGGAAAGCUUAUGGUUGACUUCAUACCUGACAUUCAUAUUGAGGACGUGAAGCACAUCCUAUUCCAGCACAAAGAUCAGCAUGCGAAGCACAAAGUAAAUAAUACCUUUCCCACGGAGUUUGGCCUGGUGAAGAGAUUUUGGAGAUUCCUGCUAGAACAUGAGAGUUUAGAUGGUGAUAUGCACUGGGCCUCCAUGCCAAAUAAUCAUCUAAACACAUUAGCCUUUCGGUUAAAACAAUGGAUGUUUGAGGUUGUUGGGAAGGGCCAAUUUAAAGAUGAAUUUGUGACUGCUGGAGGUGUUCCAGUUUCAGAGGUAUCACUUAGCACUAUGGAAAGCAAGAAACAGCCGAAUCUGUUCUUUGCAGGAGAGGUACUUAAUGUUGAUGGGGUCACAGGUGGGUUCAAUUUUCAGAAUGCAUGGAGUGGUGGAUACAUAGCUGGGACAAGCAUAGGCACGUUGGCAUCAACAAGCAAUCUCAGACAGCAGUCGUGUUUGCAACUGGAAGGAUCAUAGAAGGAAAUGGAUUGAGCUAUGAAAGAUACUCCUUUGUUCAUCUGAGGGAUGAUUCAGGGAUUCCCAUUGGCUGACCAAAUUUGUGGUCGCGAGGAGGGUAUCCAAGAUGACCAACAUUGAGGGGGCUACAUUUGCAAAAGAUUAGGUUUAUCAUGGAGCUCAUAAAGAACGAUAGUAGUUAUAGCCUAGGCGUACUUAUGUAUGACCAUGAAGCAGUCAGCUAGUUGAACAACUUUUGAAUUGUACUUGACCUAUCAGAACUCAGAUUGAGUUAUAGUUCUUGA